UGAAUCAGAAUUCAAAUCUUACAGAACUACGGUGAGGAAAAGAACCGACACACAGACCACUGAUUUCGGAGGAACUUUCAGAGAAACUGCAUUUUUCAGGUACAACUUAAAUCCUGAUUCUUCUUCUAAGAAUGGCGAGCACUACUUCUCAAAACGGCAUGGUGCCUAGACCGCCGACGUCCUUCGAAUACUGGAGCAUGCACAACUCACUCCAAGGACAAAUUUGUCAUCUUCAAAAACAGUUGAGCAUGGAAUACAACUGGAGAGUACAGGUUAGCCAAGAGUUGGAGGACACGAAACAACAACUGUCCAACCAAAAACGUCUUAAGGAAUUGUUUAUUAAUAAAGAAAAAGAAGCCAAAAAAGAGCUUGCGAGACUGCAGAACUAUAGUGACGCAGAAACUCUCAAUGCCUCAAAUAUUGCUUCACAGGUCAGGAGUAACAUUAAGAGGAGGAAAAAGAGAGACCUCCAACAGGAUUAUGAAGAGCUGAAGGUAGCGCACAUAAUCAACGAGGAAAAGUUCAAUGCUGAGCUGCAGGCUCACAAAGAUAAAAUCAAGGCUCUCGAGGAUGAGCUGAAGCUCUACCAAGAGAAGUGUAACACCAGCCUGCACACAGAGGAGAACAACAAGGUUCAGGAUGAACUUAAGCUCAGCCAGGAAAAGCUCACCGCUGAGCUGAAAACAGAGAAAGAGAACCACGAGGUUGUCCAGAACCAACUUAAGCUCAGCCUGGAAAAGCUCACCGCUGAGCUGAAAACAGAGAAAGAGAACCACGAGGUUGUCCAGAACCAACUUAAGCUCAGCCAGGAAAAGCUCACCGCUGAGCUGAAGACAGAGAAAGACAACCAUGAAGUUGUCCAGAACCAACUUAAGCUCGGCCAGGAAAAGCUCGCCGCUGAGCUGAAAACAGAGAAAGACAACCACGAAGUUGUCCAGAACCAACUUAAGCUCAGCCAGGAAAAGCUCGCCGCUGAGCUGAAAACGGAGAAAGAGAACCACGAGGUUCUCCAGAACCAGUUUAAGCUCAGCCAGGAAAAGCUCGCCGCUGAGCUGAAGACAGAGAUAGAGAACCACAAAGUUGUCCAGAACCAACUUAAGCUCAGCCUGGAAAAGCUCACCGCUGAGCUGAAGACAGAGAAAGAGAACCACGAGGUUCUCCAGAACCAACUUAAGCUCAGCCUGGAAAAGCUCGCCGCUGAGCUGAAAACAGAGAAAGAGAACCACGAGGUUCUCCAGAACCAACUUAAGCUCAGCCUGGAAAAGCUCACCGCUGAGCUGAAGACAGAGAAAGAGAACCACGAGGUUGUCCAGAACCAACUUAAGCUUGGCCAGGAAAAGCUCACCGCUGAGCUGAAGACAGAGAAAGAGAACCACGAGGUUCUCCAGAACCAACUUAAGCUCAGCCUGGAAAAGCUCACCGCUGAGCUGAAGACAGAGAAAGAGAACCACGAGGUUGUCCAGAACCAACUUAAGCUUGGCCAGGAAAAGCUCACCGCUGAGCUGAAGACAGAGAAAGAGAACCACGAGGUUCUCCAGAACCAACUUAAGCUCAGCCUGGAAAAGCUCACCGCUGAGCUGAAGACAGAGAAAGAGAACCACGAGGUUGUCCAGAACCAACUUAAGCUCAGCCUGGAAAAGCUCACCGCUGAGCUGAAAACAGAGAAAGAGAACCACGAGGUUCUCCAGAACCAACUUAAGCUCAGCCUGGAAAAGCUCACCGCUGAGCUGAAAACAGAGAAAGAGAACAACGAAGACACACAGAAACUCGGUCAAGACAAGCUGAUGUUGGAGCUCCACUUGGAGAAGCAGAAAAACCUGGCUCUUAACUAUGAACUGAGGAUCAGCCAAACUAGGUUCACAGCUGAGCUUCAGCAAAAGCAACAGACAGUAAUGGGUCUUAAAGAAGACCUGAAGACCCUGGUCCAAAAGAUGAAGGAUGAGCAGGACACUCUCUACACAGAGAUCGAGAACCUGAGAGCCCACAUAACUAUUCAGUUCUCCACAGAGCUCCAGGUGGAGGAAGGCCAGGAGCAGCCUGAGGAACACGAGAAUGACCUACCACAAGCAGAAGAGACUGAAACAACCCCCAGGAAAUCAACCUUCAAGAGAUUCCGCCACUUCCUGGGCUUGCGGAAACCACAAAGGUGGAAGAGGCCAGCGGUGCCUGCAUCCACCAGCGGCGAAUAAGCUGCCUCCCCCUCCAUCACCCACUGUAAGGAAAUCGAUCUUAAUCAUGGCAGACGUGAGGCCCGGCCAAGGCAGAUGGCCCCACCAUGAGCCCGGUUCUGCUCAGGGAAUUUUUCCUUGCCGCCGACGCCAAGUUGCAUGCUCGUGGUGGACUCUUGGGUCUAAUUUGACAUUGCAGGAAAUGCGCAGGUGUUCCCCAGAGGUUCACCUGUAAUUUUCCAGCCAAAAACUCUGCUAUGAAAACAAUUAUUUCAAUUACAUCUCCUUCAAGGGUGAACAGAGGGAUUGCAAAAACAACAAAACAAAGAAAAACUAACACCCCCAAAAAACAAACAAACAAAAAAAACAAAAAAAUAAAAAACAAA